AUGGUACUCACAUUGUGGUCUUUACAUCCACGCUACACCCAACCACCUUACCUAGGUUCUAUUUCAAGCUUUUGCACAUUCAAGAUAAAUCAUGGAGGUUCUUUCACAAAUACGGUAUCUGGAAGGUCAUACAUAGAUGGGCUUGUUGAUCACUUUGAUUUUGUGGACAUGGAUGUGUUUUCACUACACGAGUUAGAUGAUAUGAUGGCAGUUUUAGGGUACAAUGACGGAGGUAUAAUGUUUUACCAUUUCAUGAUCCCAAAGACAGACUUGCAUAGUGGAUUGUUACCCCUUGGCACCGAUCAAGAAGUCAUUCAGCUGGCAAGUAAGGAAAGUGUUAGUGAGGGUCCUUGGAGUGGGGUUAAUAUGACAAAUGAUGAGAGUGAGGACGAAAACUUCUUUAUGGAUUCAGAAAAUAUUGUAGAUGAUGUGGAUGUUGAUUUGAAAGAAUUUCAUAUACAUGUUGAUGAAGAUGUUGAGUGGGUUCAAAAAACCACCAAAGAAGCAAGUGGUAGUGGUGUUGACUUUACUCAAGGUGAAUAUUUGGAGGUCAUAGACCCAGAAUUGUUUGAGUCACCUAUUGUAGAUGAAGAUAACAACAGAGAGAGGAUGUUAAGAGACAUAAGAAAGGAAAAAGUUGUUCUAAGGGUGUAUUUCAUCAAAAGGCUUUCAAAUUAG